GUCGUCUCGACUCUUCUCGUGUCUUUUUUUUCUUAACGUGUUCCCUGUGUAUUCGGUGAAAUCACAACAAAAAGGAAAAGGUACGAAAACGAGAAACGCACAACAACUCGUCGCAACCCACAUUUCAAUCUCCUUCGUUAAAUCAAAGUAAAAAGGGGGAGAGAGAGAGCCAAUCACGAUUGAAAAAAAAUCGAAAUCGUUCUUUUUUGUUUUCUGUUCGUCUUGGGGUUUGUGUUUGCUCACGGCGAGAGUCCAGGUGCGUCAUUAUACCUGGGGAAAACACGAAAAAAAAAAAGAAGGUGUGCUUGUCUCUCACGGUGACUAGUGCGUUGGAAUUUUAUCGGCUCUACUACACUGCUCGUGCACACGAAAAUACACGUGUGCGUUGGUAGUGAGUGGUGUUCUCGUCAUCGAGAGAAAAGAAAGCUUUCGAAGAAACAUACAUCACCACGAGAAAGUCAUGGGAGCUGAACAGAAGAAAUUUGCGACCACCGCCAUGCGGCCGAUUUCGUCAUCGUUAAUGGCCGCCGUCUACUUGAUCGCCUACCUGUGUUCAUUGGCUGGAGCUCAAGAGGCGCGUUUAGUGAUUCUGCCCGACGGCGGUAAUUUGAUCCGACCCGUUGGCGCCAACAUCGUCCUCACCUGUAAAGGUGAAGUGCCCGAUCCCGACCUGAUUAGCGACUUGCGCUGGCUCGGACCCGAUGGCCGCGAUCUGCCCAAUGGAGACAGCGGUGAAGCUGAUAAUUCCAGGAUCUCGUCUGAGGAGCUGGUCAGCGAUGUCGGUCGCAUCCUGUUCAUCAAAGGACUUCAAGAAGCCGAUAGCGGCAAGUAUACCUGCUCUGCUGUCUACACGAGCAGCCAGCGCCUCGAGGCUCACGUUAACCUCACUACCAUCGUCGGCAUCACAUGGGAGGAUGCGCCAACGGAACAGUCGGCCAUCUUUGGACAACCUUACAAGGUCCGUUGCGUCGUGCGAGCCAACCCACCGGCAACGAUCGACUGGCAAAAGAACGGCGUUGGAUUCCCUACGAACAACCAGUACGUGAUCGAGAACGACGGAGUGCUGAUCCGCGAAGUGAGCCUCGAGGACGACACGUAUUUCACAUGCCGGGCGCGAGUGCAGACGACCGGCCAGCUGGAAGACCGACGCAUCCGUGUCGAAGUUUUCAUUCCGCCCGAGUUCAUGCGCGAGCCGGUCAACACGUCCAUCGUCGAAGGCGAGGGCGGCAUCAUGGAGUGCCAGGCCUCUGGUAAACCCGACCCCGUCUACACUUGGCUCGAUCGCAACAACCAGAAUCUCAACCUCAACCGCGAACGAUUCAUCGUUGAUGAACAAACAGGCCGUUUGACGAUCAUGGACACCAAGCGGACGGACGAAGGCGAGAUCAAAUGUUUGGUCGAAAAUCGAGCCGGCAAAAUUCAAAAAACCGCCUAUUUGAAAGUGAUUAUGAAGCCGGCGGUGGUCGAGUACCUGAACGCGUCGGGCAUCAUGGGCCGGGAAGUCAGUCUGACGUGUAAAGCUUCGGGCGAUCCGCUGCCGGAGGUGACCUUCUUGAAAGAGGGCACGUUGAUCCCGUACACGCUCGGCGUCCAGAAUUCGGACGAUCGCAUCAUCGUCGACACGAGCCGCGAGGGAGAAUACGCUCAGGCGCGUCUCGUCAUCCGCGACCUGAUGCGCUCCGACGACGGCCUUUACGCUUGCAUUGCCAAAAAUUCCGGCGGCAAUUACACCAAAAAUGGUCACAUUACGGUCGAAUUCCCGCCGUCGUUUGCCCUGACGCCAAUGAGAGAGGCUUGGUCGUGGGACAAUCAUUUGGUCAACCUUACCUGCCGAGCCGAGUCCAUCCCCAACGCCACCGUCAGCUGGUUCCUCAACGGACGCAAUCUCGAAACCGACUACAAUAUCCGCAUGCACGCCUUUAACGGCGAGAGCACCAUCACCGUGACGCCAGUCGAUCUCAGUUAUUACGGUACCUAUCGCUGUCUGGCCAUGAACAUUCACGGAAAGGACGAGCACGCCAUCGAGCUGCGUGAGGCUCGACCGCCCGGCCCGCUUCUCCAAGUCAAAUUCGAGACCAUUACCGCUACGACGAUCACGUUCAACUUUAUCGGCCCGGUCGACCAUGGCGGUCUGCCCAUCGAGGCCUUCUCAGUUCAGUACAAAUUAGCCGGCCAAGUUUGGGACGAGAAACCUUUGCAGCGCGUCUGGCCUGUCGGUGGGCACAACCAAUACUACAAUUUGCAUGACUCGAUGUCGCACGCGAGCACCGAUAUCCCGUACAUUUUGGAGAAUCUGGAGCCGCAGACGAUGUACACGUUCCGGUUCGCAGCCAAGAACCAGGUUGGCUACGGCGAGUGGUCGCGAGACGAGACGCACACGAUGCCCAAACGGGCCGCUCCCGAGGAGCCCUACAUCAUCGCCAAAACGGAGAACAAGAUCGUCUCCACUCCGUAUCCCGAUCGCUACGAGCUGCUCUGGUCUGCGCCGCCCAACAAUGGCGAACCCAUUGAUUACUUCGAAGUCGCUUAUUACCCCGUGCGCAAUACAUCGGCUGGAUUGAUCGAAGCCGGCCAGUUGGUCCGCACUCAGGUACCCUACCCGGCCAACGUCCGUUUCGAAAUGAAAAACCUGAAAGCUGAUACGAUUUACCGCAUCGAGUUGAGGGCACAUAACGUCAUUGGAUUCAGCGCUCCCGCCGAGAUCCUCCUACGCACAGCCAAAGAUCCUUCUCGCUCGUCGGGCGGCGUGGCGGAAGGUUCCAGCCAGUGGUCCACAACUACUUCCGGCUCACACCCUACUUCUACUCCUCCUACUCCACAUUACACCACCGCUAUCUGCUCCUCCUUGUUCCUCAUCCUCUCCUUCUUCUUCUAAUAAAAAAAAAAAAAAAAAAAUUUGAAAUUCAGAAAAUUUUUUUUUUUUUUCUUUUCUGCUAACUGUUGCAUCGUCGUCGUUUGCUUUUAUUCCAAUUGACCAUAUAGACAACAAUUUGAGGGAAGAUAAUCAUUUUUUUUUUUUUUUUUGUUGGGGGUGGGGAUUUUUAUUUCCAAACUGUGCUGCAACGUAGAGCAUUUACACAAACACACGAAAAAAGAUUUGCUUCUCUGUCUCCCCUCGCUGUUUCUUCCUUUCUUCUACUGCUUAUCACAACAGCUUUCAACAAAAAGAACUAAAUCGAAUGUUUCGAUUAAAAGAAAAAAACAACAUAGUAACUAACAAUAAUGAAUAAUAAUAACUUCCCAUUUCUUUUUUUUUUUUUUACAAAAGCAAACAAUUCCGAAUUUUAAAGCAAAAAAAAAAAAAUGUUUUGAUUUUUAUUUUUUAAUUCUGAAAAAAAAAGAACAUAAUUCUUUUAACCAUUCCAAUGUGUUGUCGUGUCUUCAUAUCUUUAUAUAUAUAUAUACACACACAAUGUAGGCUGUAUGUAUAUAUAGAGACCUUUUUCUUUGAGUUUGAGUGUGUGUCAUUGAUGAUGAAACGCGCAGUAGUUCUGAAUCCCCCACCCCCUACCCAGCGAACAAAAAGAGAGCCAAUGUCUGUACACAAUAAGAAUUAGAAAAAAAAAAACAAACAAAACAUGUGUGUUAAGAAAUUAUUAAAUGCUGGCGGCUGAAUAUCUUUUAAAAAUAGAAUGGGGAGUUUUUUUUUUUUCUUUUGCAAUCAUUUCAAUAUAUAUAUAUACCGUGUCAUCUCUAUUUGAAAGAAAACACUACAAAAAAUGUGCAUGUUAUGGCCUCUUUUUGAUUUGAUCUAACAUGGCUUCUUGAUCCCCUUUGAUCUUUAACCCUCUUUGUUUUUACUUUAAAUCUUCUCCCCCCCUCUACACAUUUUCUUUGGCUUUCCCGAAAAGAAAAAAAAAAUCUCCUUGAUCCCGAAAUUCUUUUACGCUGAACCUUUGGAUUGUCUUCUCCUUAUGUGCUACACACACACACACAGACUUAUCGGAUUUUUUGAAAACUAAAUAUCUUCAAACAAUUGGUUCACUUCCCAAGACAUUUUGAGAUGCCUAUUUAGUGAUCUCUCGUUUAAAAAAAAAAAAAAAGGAAAACAAACAAGAAUUUUAAAGCUUUUUCCCUUUUAUUGCUCCCUCUUCUGCUCGAUCUAUUACAUUAAAAAAAGAAAUAACUAAGAGAUGAUUUUUUUUUGGCCCAAAUGUUUUUUUUUUUUUUUUUUUUUUUGCUGUCAUGUUCAUUUUCCUCCUGUCCCCUCCUCCGACUCUAUCAACUUUGAUUUCCGGAACAAUUACAUUAAUCCCGACACAUUUCCCUCCUAUCUCUCGUGAGUUUUGUCUCAAAAUGAAAGAA